ACUGUAAUCCCAACUACUCGGGAGGCUGAGGCAGGAGAAUCGCUUGAACCCGGGAGGCAGAGGUUGCAGUAAGCCAAGAUCGUGCCACUUCACUCCAGCCUGGGCGAAAAAGUUAAACUCUCCGUCUCAAAAAAAAAAAAAAAAAAAAAAGGCGGCACUGGAAACAGCUGGGAAUGUCAGGGCCAGGGAUGAGGGAUCGCAAGCUGCUGGUUAGAAAGGAGCUCAGAGGCUGCCUGGCCUACGGGCCAGGAGUCCUCAGCGCAGAAAGCGCAGGACUCGUUCCCCUGCUCUACAGCUGAGUGCCCAGGACGCACUAAGGGAUCUCAGUGGCUGAAAAAAACAGAAGAGAAGGCACCCGACGCAAAAUCUAAUGUCAGCGAACGAGGGGUCCUUUAACAGGCGGCCCACACGGCCCCUCCUGGCGCCCAGACCCAGCCCCUCUGGGCCACCCCGGCCGGGUACGGCCAGCCAGGGCCACCUGCGCGCGUCCCGCGGGACGGGGCCUCCUGACGUGAAGCGACCCCAGUGGCACCUCACACGAUUCCCGAGGGUCGCGGGCGGCCUCUCAGCCUUGCAGCUCCCACACGCGGAAACCGCAGGCCUCGGCCACGUCCACUGACCAACCCUCCUCGCCGGAACUCCUCGCGCAUCGCCGGCCCCUCAGCGGCGACUAGCGCGCGAACAGCCUGGAAGACGCGCAGCCGGCCCCACGUGAGCCGACGCCCCAAACCGCGGCUGCUGGCGCCGGCUCCGAGAUCAAGGUCGGCGCGUGCGCGCUUGCGCGAGACCGGCAGUCUCAGCCCCGCGCCGGUUUCCAGGGAGCUGGGCGCAUGCGCCGCGUAAGGGGCCCGGUCGGCGGAAGGAGGUGCUACUGCCGGAAGCGCCGGCGCGCUUGCGCGUUAGCUGAACGCGGGCGUUUCUUUCCUCCCUUUUUUUCGAAUUGGUUUUGGGGGUAGAUUCGAGUUACAAAAUGGCCGCCAGGAGCGUGUUCAGCGCGGUUCCCCCAGCGGUCUCCGGCUGAACCCGCGCUCUCGCCUCCCUGCCGAACACAGCGUGAGGAGACCCCCCGGGGACAUGGUGUUUGAGUCUCUGGGCUUGCCGAGCACCAAGUCCUCUGAAGCCCGCAGCGCAGCACCGGAAGCGGCCGAGCGCGCUCAGCCCGGCGACCACCAGCCGCUCCAGACCCCUGAGCCGCUGCGCCCCGGGUUUCGCCGCACCCAAGACCCAGCGAGUGCAGCGGCGGACGCCGAGGAGGUUCGAAAACAUGGCCAAAAGAAAUGCCGAGAAGGAACUGACAGAUAGGAAUUGGGAUCAAGAAGAUGAAGCUGAAGAGGUGGGAACAUUCUCCCUGGCCAGUGAGGAAGUCUUGAAGAAUAGAGCCAUAAAGAAAGCAAAGCGCAGAAAUGUUGGAUUCGAAUCUGACAGUGGAGGAGCCUUUAAAGGUUUUAAAGGUUUGGUGGUACCUUCUGGAGGAGGACGGUUUCCUGGAUUUGGUAGUGGCGCUGGAGGGAAGCCUUUGGAAGGACUGUCGAAUGGAAACAACAUAACCAGUGCCCCUCCCUUCACCAGUGCAAAGGCAGCGGCAGAGCCCAAGGUAGCCUUUGGUUCUCUUCCUGCAAAUGGCCCUACCGCCUUGGUUGAUAAAGUUUCAAAUCCCAAAACUAAUGGGGACAGUCAGCAGCCCUCCUCCUCUGGCCUUGCUUCCAGUAAAGCUUGUGUCGGAAGUGCCUAUCACAAGCAGUUGGCCGCCUUGAACUGCUCCGUGCGGGAUUGGAUAGUGAAGCACGUGAAUACAAACCCCCUCUGUGAUCUGACACCUAUCUUUAAAGACUAUGAGAAAUAUUUAGCAAACAUUGAACAGCAACACGGGAACAGUGGCAGGAAUUCUGAAAGUGAACCUAACAAAGUGGCGGCUGAAACACAGUCUCCUUCCCUUUUUGGCUCAACAAAAUUACAGCAAGAGUCAAUGUUUUUGUUUCAUGGCAACAAAACUGAAGAUACACCUGACAAGAAGGUGGAGGUGGCAUCUGAAAAGAAAACGGACCCAUCAUCACUAGGAGCGACAAGUGCCUCAUUUAAUUUCGGCAAGAAAGUUGAUAGCUCUGUUUUGGGCUCAUUAAGCUCCGUCCCCCUGACUGGAUUUUCUUUCUCCCCUGGAAACUCCAGUGUAUUUGGCAAAGAUAUUACCCAGAGUAAACCAGUCUCUUCACCAUUUCCCACUAAACCAUUGGAGGGCCAAGCGGAGGGUUACAGUGGUGAAUGCAAAGGUGGAGAUGAAGAAGAGAAUGAAGAGCCACCCAAAGUAGUAGUUACCGAAGUAAAAGAAGAAGAUGCUUUUUACUCCAAAAAGUGUAAACUAUUUUACAAGAAAGAUAAUGAGUUUAAAGAGAAAGGCAUAGGUACUCUGCAUUUAAAACCUACAGCAAAUCAGAAGACACAGCUUUUGGUGCGGGCAGACACCAAUUUAGGCAACAUAUUGCUGAAUGUUCUGAUUCCACCCAAUAUGCCAUGUACGCGAACAGGGAAGAAUAACGUUCUUAUCGUCUGUGUUCCAAAUCCACCAAUUGACGAGAAGAAUGCCACCAUGCCAGUCACCAUGUUGAUUCGGGUGAAAACCAGCGAGGAUGCAGACGAGUUGCACAAAAUUUUACUGGAGAAAAAGGAUGCCUGAACACGCGAAGUUGGCUGCGGAAUUAUUGCCAAGUUGCUGCUUCUUCCACCGCCCCUUAAACUUAGUUUUUCUUCUCUUUGACAUUCUAAGAACUUACAGAUAACUUAAAACUUUUGUGAGGAAGAUUAAUGUGGCCAAUAAAACCUUUAAAUGUUAAGUGUCAAGAAACCGCACUCUCCCUUCUUAAGAACUGCCUAAAGUGUAAAAUACAUUUGAAUGCAAUUUUUGGAAGAUUUUUUAAUGUUCGUUUAUUAAACUAACCCUAAGUGAUUUCUUCAA